AUGGAAUCUGAAAUUUCAUAUAACUUGAUGCCAUUCUUCAAUCUGCUCCUUACAAUCUCCUAUAGAUCAGGGACGUACAAAAUUUUCUUUAUUGUGGGCCUUUCUCAAACCCUUCAAGGGCACAUUUCUAACCCUGAAAACAGUUCAGUAGAAGAAAGGAAGUGGAAAUUAUUUCCCUACCUGUCUGAAAACAUCAGACCAACAAAAUCAGUAUCAAAUGCAUCAUCCAUGCUAUUUGAAGGCUCGGGCUCGGGAAUCAGUAGUGAAGUGGACAGUGCACUGGAACAAGUAAAACUUCAUGACUUGAAAAGAUGUGAUAAUUUGGACGGUACUGGGGACCCUUGUAAUAGCAAUAGCAAGAGCUACAGUCUUAAAUUAAUGUUACCUUUCAUUUUAUCUCCUCAGAAAACAGAGGUUAUCACUUACUAUAAUUUUCUGAAUGUUGCUUCUCCACCGAACAAUAUGGUGGAGGAAUCUGGGCAGAAACUAGAAGAGAAUGAACAACAUAAUAGAGGGGAGAUUCCCUUCAUUGAUUUCUUAGGUGUGGGUGCCUUUUAA